AUGGAACAGGUAGUGAUAGAUAGCAAAAACUUGAUAUCUGCAAAUAUAAUAUCUCCAAAUAAUGAAAGUUUGAUCUUUUUUGACAUUCAUGAGCAAUUAAAUGAGCUGGAACUAAGUUUUACAAGCACUCAACAAAUGUUAGAGGAAACCCAACAGAAUUUAACCCAAUGUUUAAAUGGAAAUCCUCAAAUCUACGGAUUUUUACAGAAUAUACAUAAACUAGAGAUGAGUGUAAAAGAAAUACGAGAAAAUAUCAAAAAACCGAAUGACAUUGUCAUACAAAGACGAAUGGAUGGUUCCGAAGAUUUCUAUCGUACCUGGGCCGAAUAUAAACAGGGAUUUGGUAAUAGUUCUGGAGAAUUUUUCAUUGGUCUAGAUAAAUUGAACGAACUUACCAAUUCACGUCCCUAUGAGCUGCUGAUUGUCAUGGAAGACUGGGAAAAUGAUAGACGUUUUGCUCGCUAUGAUGAAUUUAUAAUUGGCACAGAAGCGGAAAAGUAUGUCCUCAAAGUAUUGGGAAAAUACAGCGGAUCGGCUGGUGAUGGAUUGUCAUUUGCACGAGGUAUGAAAUUUAGUACGAAGGAUCACGACAAUGAUGAGUCGAGUUCUAACUGUGCUGUUAAAUACACUGGAGCUUGGUGGUAUGAAAAAUGUCACGACAGCAAUCUGAACGGAAGUUAUUUAAGAGGCAAAAAUACCAAAUCUGGCCAAGGCGUUGUAUGGUAUCAAUUCAAAGGAAGUGAUUAUUCGUUCAAGUUUGUUGAAAUGAUUCUACGUCCUAUUUAA